AACAUCCUUGCAUCAAUCAUCGCCCACAUUGUCUUACUCAUGCUCCUUUCUAAUAUAAACUUUUGGUUGAAACUUGAAGCUCUUAUUCAAAUGUUUAUCUUUGUUGAAAAUAAUACAAAAUCUUAAUGGUAGUUUGUACCAAGUCAAUAAAUUAUGACCUAAAUUGUUACUAUUGAUCUAUAAGCACGCAAUUCUUCAAGUGAUUCUCAUCUCCCAGUCUUAAUAAAGCACUCAGCCGGUGCACAUCUACAUACUACUUAUAUGAUCAAGAUGAUUUGAGUCGAACGCAUUCGGACAACAUAGCGCUCGAAAUUAUUCGUUUAAAACGCGUAUCCAUGGAAGCGAGCCGCGCGCGUUACCGUGACGACAACCCUGGUUUACCGACGCUCAGUCUUGGAGUGUCUAGUGUCCGUCACAUUGUCACCAAACUAGAGGCUCGAUACGCUCGCGACUCCGCCGCAAACGCUUCAGAAAAACAGCUCGUGAAAUACGAACCAAAUGCUGACGUUUAUGGAUACUAUGACUUGCCUCUCGUGUACACGAAAGGACAAGUGCUGAAUAAGUUCCUAUCGAACCUAGGAAUUGCAUUGCAGCAAUGCGUGCCUAGUGUAACGUUCGCAAACUUUGGUGUAUUGUCCGUUGCGACUGGACUAGUGGCUCCGAGGAUGAUAUCUUAUCUGCUGAUCUAUCCCUUUUGCAGAUUGGUAUUUGGGACGCUCUACCCGGCAUACGCAUCAUAUAAAGCUGUACGAACGAAGAAUUUAAAAGAAUACGUAAAAUGGAUGAUGUACUGGAUCGUGUUCGCCCUGUUCACAUGCACGGAGACGUUCACAGACGUGUUCCUAUCAUGGUUCCCGUUCUACUACGAGGUGAAGAUUGUCCUAGUGUUGUGGCUCCUGUCGCCGGCCACAAAGGGAUCCUCGAUAUUGUACCGCAAGUUUGUGCACCCAGCGCUUUGUCGGAGGGAGCAGGAGAUAGAUGAAUACAUAGCAAAAGCCAAAGACCAGGGUUACCAUACAGUGCUAAAUCUCGGCACUAAAGGAGUCAACUAUGCCACCACCGUUAUUAUGCAAACAGCUAUCAAAGGCGGUGGUGGUCUAGUACAACAAUUGCGCAAGAGUUACAGUCUAUCAGAUUUAACUGAAUGUGAGCCUCGAGAGGAACUCGCAACCAAUGAAGCGGACGACGUACUCUCUGAACCUAGGCUUAUUAGACGCGCUGUUAAAAGUGCAUACGCUACUCGAAGAAGUGCGUCUGAGUCGAACAGUCGUCAGCCGCUGUAUUUCCCUGAAGUCGAUGUGGACGUGCGCGGCCCUAGACCUCGUAUGGAUGAACCUGAUUUCAGCCACAUAAAAUCCACGGAGGACAUAAGCUCCGGCUACUCUAGCGCGGAGAACUCUGCCUCGCUCACUCGCACCGCGUCCGUCGGAGCCGCCGCGAGAUCACGUGCUCGCACCACGCGCACUACAGUGACGACCAUCAAGCGACCGCAGGCCGCCGAGGAUAACGAAGUGAUCAUCGAGGAGCUUCAGGAGGAUGAUUCGUUUGAUAAUACGAUGCCCCCACUCCUUUCUAUAUCCUCUCCUUUAUACCUAUCCCAUACUGUCCCGCCGUUCAUUUACCAAUAUGUAGGAGAUCAAAUUAAAAUUAUUCAAGUUUUAGGCAAUCCCAUAAAUAUAACUGAGAAAUUUGAUUCAAUUUAUAGCGAUUUAAAGGAAAGAAAUGAUCAAAAUAUAAAGGACACUGACAAAGACAUUAUAAAUGUGCAAAAAGACGAUCAAUCUAACAUUCCUUUAACUUCUCAGACUAUAAAUAGUACCAAUGAUAAAAUUCCUGUUUCGGAUGAAAAACCAUUACAAUCAAAUCUAGAUAAUGAAUGCAAAGAAAAGCAUGAAACAGAUAUGUCAGAAGAAUUUCUUGAUACUGUAAGCACAAGUUCAGAAAAUGAUAACUAUUCAGCCGAGAGUGAUGAUGAAGCUUCUUACGGUACACCUGAGCCAACGCCUAAAUCUGUCAAAAAAGCUGUUAAAGGCAAAUAUGGAAAGAGUAAAGCUCCAUCACCUCCUAAAGUAAGUGAUGUCGCGGCACUACCUACAAGUGAAUUAGAUUCAACUGAACCAACUCAAAUUGCACAAGAUAACGAAGCUACAAUAAUUAAUGAUCAAGUCUGUGAUGUUCCUAGACAAGAAAUCUUAAAGGACAAUCUACCUGUAGAUGUUAAGCCAGGACGGGCUAAAUCGAAAUCGCCUGCUCGAUUACCAAUAGGAAGCAAUAUGGUGUUAGGCAAAUUAUUGCACUUCCCAAGUAAAUUAGCUUUUUGGAACAAAGGUGACGAGAAAUCUAAAUCUGACAUAUCUAUUUCUUCCGGAAAUGAAAGUAGACGAUCUUCCGAAAAAGCCUUUGAUGAAUUUCAAAGUAGCUUGGAUGUAACGAAUUUUUCAAAUGAUAAAUGUUUAGAAAUACCUCAAAUAAACACACCCGACGACGACAGUAAAAUAAGUAACAAAGAUGCUGGAAAAGAAAAUAUAACGCAGGAUAUCUUGGAAAAGAGUGAUGAAUUACAAAAGAUUAUUGAUGCGAAAUUGGAAAGUCAUCCGGAGUACAAAUUUGUUCCUUUACAUGAUGAAAUUGAAACUGCCUCAAAGAGCACCGAUGUGUAGAAUCCUCCUAACGUUCCAAUUCAGGUUUUAUAGCGGGCACAGGCAGAGCAGUAUGUUCACUUUUAGUUUUGUGAGUUUUGCAUGGAGUAAAUCAUUGUGUUUUAAUGUUUUAUUUAUUAUUUGUUCAUAGAGUGAUAUGCAUCUGGCGUAGUGUACGGAUUAAAAAAAAAAUAUAUAUCAUACAGAUUUUGAUAUUUUUUGUUAAGAAAAAGCGCAAGACAUUUUUAAGGAUAAUCCUGUAUUAUUAUUUAAAAAUAUUGAAAGCUUUGAAUAUAUAGUUCAUCUCAUGUCUUUGCUUUGCUUUGCUAUGGCAGAUGUGUAUCUCUCUUCUUAAAAGAAAAAUAUGAAAGUUAUGUUUACUUUUAUUUGCUGCAUAGAAUCCUCAUUAAAAUUAAUCCUAUUUACUAAAUUUUCAUAAUAAUAUUUAUUAAAUAUAUUGAUAUUAUGUGUGUAUUUGUUGUGUAUUCUUAUCUAUAACAAUUAGCACUAUGUGGCUAUUAGUAAAUUUAUCUGUGUGUGUUUUCUAUGUAGUAUGCUUAUCUUCCUAUGAAUGAAACCAUAUAAUUAUAUUUUAAAUAACAUAACAUAUAACAAUCCCCAUGUUCCUAAAAUAAAGAAUAGACUGAUAUAUAGUAUGGAUUUGAAUGUUGAAGUAUCGCUUUCGCUUCUUAUUAUUUUAAAAGAUUUUUUUUUAUUUACAGGCAGUGCUGUCGGCCUCUGCUACAAUACCUCGCGCAAAAAAAUCUAGUAAAAGGAAAACACAAUAAACACAUUCAAAAAGAAUUACAUAUAUAUCAGUAUAUUAUUACAUGAAGAUGUCUUGCUGCUUUAAAUUGAAUAGAUUGAAUCAUUAACUAUGUUGAUUUUUGCAUGUUUUGUUUCAAAUCGUUUCGUGCAAUGUGAGGUCACAAAUAUACAGAAGUUACCAAUAUUUUAAGCAUAAAAUGCACUAGUGAAUUAAGAAACGUUUCUGUUUAUGAGAUGAUGUUCUCAAAAAUGUUUUAACCAAAUAUAUAUGUAUAAAUAAUAAAUAAACUACAUAUAAUUAUAUAUAUAUUUGCAAUAGCAAAUUCGCUACGCAAAAAUUAUACUCAUAAUAAACAUAUCACCCCUCUGUUGUGAGCUAUAAAAGGGGAGGAUUUAUUUGCUCUUUCAUUGGUAAUAUAUAUUUUAGCCAAAAUUUGCCAAAUUUUAAGUAAACUGAAACUUCAAUAUGUAAUAUUACGUCAUAAUAUUUAUAUCGUAGACCGUUAGAAGAAUAAUAUUUAAAUUAUGACCUAGUCUUAUUCCUUUUUACUGAAGGAUAUAUGCAAGUCCAAAGAGCUUGUACACAAUCAAUUUACAAGAUCAUAAUUUAUACAUAAUUUAAUGAAUGAUUAUUAUCAUUUUUAAUGUUUCCAAAGCUGUGGUGUCGAAUAUUGUUUGUUUUAUGUAUCCUUUUUAUAUGUAGUUGCAAUUGCAUAGGUAUAAAUUAUUUAGAUUGCUUCCAAUUUAUAUUAUAAAAGAAUCCUGUCCUUAAAUUUUUUUUUGUUCAUUCAGCAAACGUAAAGACAAAUAAUUUGUAUGUUUUAUACCAAUGCAAGCAAAUUUGAAGUUAAUUAUAUGAAUAAUCGAGGUGUGCAUCCUUUGAUUGUUAUAAGUUAAUGAACAUGUGAAAAGAAUUGCCAAGGCAGUAUUAUUCAUAAAAAUAUAAAGGAAUAUUUUUAAUACACUGUAGAAAUAUAAAAGGAGUGUGGUAAUCAAAAUUGUUUAUGCUGUGUUAUGUUAAUUUCUAAGGACUUGAAAAUGUUCCUUCAUAAGAUUAGUUGUAAUUGAUUUUUAAUAAUUGAAUUAUGAUAGCACAAAAUGCUCAUGUAUAAAUGGUCAUCCAUGACAUCAUUAUGUUAAUAUAGAAAUUAUUCUCCAGUUUAAAUUUAUCAAAAAUGUAUUGAUGUUUCAUUUAAAGUUUUUAAUCACAAUAGCCAGGUACCUAACCAAUUUUCUUCAAAUUCACAUUAGCCACAGAUUAAGGUGUUGAGAGGCUUAUUGCUUCAAGUGUUGUGUGCACCUAACUAAUAAAAUGUAACUGUAAUUAAAUUAUUUCGUCUAUGCAGAUUAUGAAUAAAUUAAUAUUUGCGUUUUAAUGGAAAUAAAAUUAUGAAAAAUAAGUA